CUCGCCGCCCGCCGCCUUCCUUCCGCCGGACUCCCAGCCCAGUCUCGCAACUCCGGCGAGGAAGGAGGAAGGCAGCAGGGAGGCAGCCGGGCUCGGCCGGCCACAAGGGCGCAGGCCAUUGCCUGCCGCCCUACAGCCCACGGAGCCCCCAGGACCCCGGCACCCGGACCCCGAGGGCGGCGGCGGCGGCGGCAGCAGCAGCAGCAUCGGUGGGAGACUGGCCUUCUUCCUCCUCCUCCUCCUCCUCCGGCUCCAAGAGGAUGUGGCUCCUUGCCGUGGCGACAACUUUCUGGGGAUUGUGGCUGGCGCCAGGGUUUGCUUUGCAAAUACAGUGUUAUCAGUGUGAGGAAUUUCAGUUGAACAAUGACUGCUCAUCCCCAGAGUUUAUAGUGAAUUGCACGGUGAAUGUCCAAGACAUGUGUCAGAAGGAAGUAAUGGAGCAAAGUUCAGGGAUCCUGUAUCGCAAGUCCUGCGCAUCCUCUGCAGCUUGCCUCAUGACCUCUGCCGGAUACCAGACUUUCUGUACUCCAGGGAAAAUAAACUCUGUUUGUAUAAGCUGCUGCAAUACUCCACUCUGCAAUGGGCCCAGGCCAAAGAAGCGGGGAAACUCUGGCAGCAUGCCCAGGGCUGGUGUAUUAACAACCAUGCUGCUCUCUGGCUUGGCAUUUCUAUCACAAGUACACUGCUAA